UCAUUCAGGGGCUUCACAUGCGUCAGUUGGAGGAGCAGUGCGCAGAGAACAUCUUCAUGGCUCCUCGGUACGCACCAAGUCUGCGCUCCCGGCUAGCACCUUUGCUGCUUUUCCUGCAGCUGGGGUUCAUUGUCAUAUAUGCCUUUUACACUGAGAUCCAAAGCGGGGUAAAAGUAGAUGGAAAAACCCUCAGCAACAUUUACCCAGUGUUCCAGGAUGUGAAUGUGAUGGUGAUUCUAGGCUUUGGCUUCUUAGGCACUUUUCUAGUGAGGUAUAGUUUCAGUGCCUCUGCAUUCAACCUCCUUGUGGCAGUCAUGGCCACCCAAUGGGCAAUCAUACUCAAUGGGAUUGAGCCCUACAAUAGAAAGAUCAGGCUAGAUCUAAGAAGCUUGGUAGAUGCUGAAAUGUGCACCGCCUCUGCCCUCAUUUCAAUCGGAGCUGUGCUGGGGAAGACCAACCCUGUUCACCUCAUCCUGAUCUCCCUGCUGGAGGUGUUUGGGUUUAUCUUGAAUAAAUGGGUCAUACAGACACUGCUGGGGACCUUGCCACUGAACAGCAUCAUGCUGCUUCACAUCUUUGGGGCUUUCUUUGGACUCACGCUGACCUGGGUGCUGUAUCGGAAAGGUUCAGAGCAGCGAUUUGAAAAAGAGAAAUCUGACCGCAAGACAGGAUUGUUCUCUAUGUUGGGGACUCUGUUCAUCUGGAUGUUUUGGCCCAGUUUUAACUCAAUCCUUGUGGACGAUCGUAUUCCUGUGAGGAAGCUAGAGGCCGUGUGCAGCACCUAUCUGGCCCUGGCUGUCAGUGCUGUAACAGCAGCUGCUGUGUCUCUGCUCUCCAGUCCCAAGGGAAAACUCAACCUGACCCAUAUGCAGUCAUGCAUCCUUGCUGGUGGAGUUGCUGUUGGGGUCUCCAUAUCAGUGGUUCAUCAGCCAUGGGAAGCCAUGAUAAUAGGAUUCAUCGCUGCUGUUGUAUCAACCAUUGGACACCGAUACCUCAAGAUCCACAUGCUACUUGCAUUUCAGUGCCAUGACACCUGUGCUGUUCUCAGUACACAUGGACUCCCUGGUCUAUUGGGAUGGCUAGCACAUCUCAUCCUGCUGAUUAAAGACUGUGAUGAUCACACAACGGCAAUCCGGUUUGCUGUUUUUCACAUUUGUACUCUCUUGAGCACUAUUGCUUUGAGUCUGUCCAUGGGGCUCAUUACAGGACUUCUACUCAAGUGGAACUUCUUGAGGCCACCCCAAGACAGGAAAUGUUUUGAUGACCAGGCUUUCUGGGAGUUUCCCCAUGUUACAUUGUGCAAGUAAGAAGGAGGAGACCAAGGUUGGAAUCCAGAAAUUACAAACUAUUUUUGACAUAAAUUCAUGUCAAUGUAUAUAAUUUCAUACAAUUAUUUUUUUUAAAAUGCAAAGUAGUUAUUAGAUGUGUGUGCAAGGCUGGGACAAAAUUUUUUAGGGGUUAAGGUUUACCUGGAGAAGCAUGAAUGGGAGACUCAUUUACUGUUCAGUAUGUUCAUGUUUAAUGCUUCCAUGGUUGUCAGAAACUGACCUCAUGGUUUGGAUGUUACACAAGCAAAAUGGAUAAGUGUAGCAGUCAAAUACAAACCUCCAGAAGACAAACAACAUCCUGCAGUUGUGAAACUUUUGCUGACUUCAGGUCAGCAGUGUAAGCUAAUUAACUUUCAACAAUAAAUCUGGAUGAUGGCAAAGUUUCA